CGGAAGUUUGUAUGUUCAAGAUGGCGCUGGACGGUAUUGAGCAAAUGGAUGUUGAGGACAGUAAAGGGGGAACUGGGCUUCGACAGUAUUACCUGUCUAAAAUUGAGGAUCUUCAGUUGACAGUAAACGACAAAAGUCAAAAUCUCAGACGUCUGCAGGCUCAAAGAAAUGAGCUAAAUGCCAAAGUGCGUCUCCUGCGUGAAGAGCUGCAGUUACUGCAGGAGCAGGGCUCUUAUGUAGGGGAGGUGGUGAGAGCCAUGGACAAGAAGAAAGUUCUGGUCAAGGUGCAUCCCGAAGGAAAGUUUGUUGUGGAUGUGGAUAAGAACAUUGAUAUCAAUGAUGUAACUCCAAAUUGUCGCGUAGCACUUCGAAACGACAGCUACACGCUUCACAAAAUCCUGCCAAACAAAGUGGACCCGCUCGUCUCGCUGAUGAUGGUGGAGAAAGUGCCAGAUUCAACAUACGAGAUGAUCGGAGGACUGGAUAAACAGAUCAAAGAGAUCAAGGAAGUGAUCGAGCUCCCAGUCAAGCACCCAGAACUGUUUGAAGCUCUUGGAAUUGCACAGCCUAAGGGUGUGCUGCUGUAUGGACCUCCUGGCACAGGAAAGACACUGUUGGCCAGAGCUGUUGCUCACCAUACUGACUGCACCUUCAUCCGAGUGUCGGGAUCAGAGCUUGUGCAGAAGUUUAUUGGAGAAGGAGCCCGUAUGGUGCGCGAGCUCUUCGUCAUGGCCAGGGAGCACGCGCCGUCCAUCAUCUUCAUGGAUGAGAUCGACUCCAUCGGCUCGUCCCGACUGGAGGGAGGAUCAGGAGGAGACAGUGAGGUGCAGAGGACCAUGCUUGAGCUCCUAAAUCAGCUGGAUGGAUUCGAGGCCACCAAAAACAUUAAAGUUAUCAUGGCAACAAAUCGUAUUGACAUUCUAGACUCCGCCCUCCUCCGACCAGGUCGCAUUGACAGGAAGAUUGAAUUUCCCCCUCCCAAUGAAGAGGCCCGUUUGGACAUUUUGAAGAUCCACUCACGUAAAAUGAACCUGACUCGUGGUAUUAACCUGCGUAAGAUUGCAGAGUUAAUGCCAGGAGCGUCUGGAGCAGAGGUCAAGGGUGUCUGCACUGAGGCAGGGAUGUACGCCCUGAGAGAGAGGAGAGUUCAUGUCAACCAAGAAGAUUUUGAGAUGGCUGUUGCAAAGGUGAUGCAGAAAGACAACGAGAAAAACAUGUCCAUCAAGAAACUCUGGAAAUAGAAGUAGAGUCAGUGAUUUACCUCUUUUUUGUGUGUCUUCAAGUUGCUUUGUCAUCACCCAAAUGUAUUCGAAAUAAAUUGUUUCCCACUUAG